CUCACGGUUAUGUAUCUAUAUUUACUGGAAAACUAAAUAAAAUUUUUUUUUCAAAACUAAUAAUUAAUAAUUUCUAAUUGGUGAUUAAUGAAAAUUUUCUUUUUAAAUACACAAUGUACAGCUAUCGCAUAAAUAAUCUCUGCCGAAAUUUUAUUCGAGUUACUGUGAAACUACAACCAAAACAAAAUGCAAUUUUACCAUCAAGAUAUUAUGCUGCAAGUGAUAAAAAAUCUGAACCCAGUACAUUCAAAUUAGCUAUGAUGGGAACUGCAAUUGGUGCAGCUGUUGGAACUGCAUACUCUACUUACAGUCAAUGGCAUGAAAAAACUGAUCAUAUGAUACAUGAACGGAAACAUCCAAAAGUUUUAAGUAGAUUACCAAAAGUUAAAAUUACAAAAAAAGUUGUUAACCCAAAAGAUGAUACAGAUCUAGAUUUAGUGCUAUUUCAAUUUCAAACUUGUCCAUUUUGUUGCAAAGUUCGAGCAUUCUUGGAUUUCUUGGGCUUAUCUUACUCUAUUGUUGAAGUUGAUGCAGUAUUGCGUCAAGAUCUAAAAUGGUCAGAGUAUAAAAAAGUUCCAAUGCUAUUAGCAAAACAACGAGAUGGAAAAUAUGUUCAGUUAACUGAUUCAAGUACUAUUGUCUCAAUUUUAUCUAGCUAUAUGUUAGAUAAAAAUCAAGAUAUUGGUGAAUUAGUAAAACUUUAUCCAAACGUUUCAUUUUUUGAUGAUAAAGGAAAGAAAGUUUAUGAUAUUUUAAAUAAAUAUUUUCUUAUGUUUGGUGAUAAAAAUAAACCAUCAACAUCAAAAGAAGAUCAACUUUCUGAAAGGCAAUGGCGUAGUUGGGUCGAUACUCAUUUGGUACAUUUAAUUUCACCGAAUGUCUAUAGAAGUUGGAAUGAAUCACUAGAAACAUUUGAAUGGUUUUCUGAUGCAGGAGAAUGGAGUAUUCAUUUUCCAAAAUGGGAACGUGAUUUGAUGGUAUAUGUUGGUGCAGUUGCCAUGUGGAUAUUAAGUAAACGAUUAAAAACACGUUAUGGUCUUGAUGAUGAUGUACGUAGCCAUAUAUAUGAUGCUUUAGAUAAAUGGACCGAUAGUUUAGAAAAGAAAAAAACAAAAUUUAUGGGUGGAAAACAACCAAAUUUAGCUGAUUUAGCAGUAUUUGGUGUUUUAAGUAGCAUGGAGGGUUGUCAAGCUUUCAAAGAUUGUUUACAAAAUACAAAAAUUCGUGAAUGGUUUUACGCGGUAAAAGAUAUUGUCAAUAAAAACAAAGGUACAAUAAUAAGGGAGACAGUGAUAGGUGACCAAAAUAAGAUUUCACUGUAGGUCUAUUACUAUAUUAAAUAUGUCGGAUUUGUUUAGUGAGCAGAGAUUUUUCAAUCUAUAAUAGGUUUUUUUUUUCUUAUUAUUAUUUAUAAAUUGUUUUAAGAAAUCUACAUUUUACUUAAAUAAUUAUUUAAAAAGUAAAUUAAAAACAAAAACCACAAUUUCUAAAUAAAAAUUGAA